GGCGUGUGCUGAUACCAUCACCACUGGCAGUCAGAAGCUCGUAUUUGUCCGUCUGUUCGAAAUCCUUCCCCUGGCCGUGAACCAUCUACUCCCUUCCUCCUCUUCCAUCACAAGCAAUAGCAGCAGCACUCCCAAAGCUGCUGCCACUGCGGCUGCGACAAACACCACUCUCCCCCCACAUCCAACUGCCCCUGGGCUUUUCAGAGUUUCCAGUAUGGGCUGCGACGGUAAACUCUCUCUCUUCCCCCUCCCUGCUUCUUCCCCGGAGAAUCUGAACCUGCUGCUGGAACGGAGCAUCGGCCAAACCUGGGGUGGAGGCUCGGCAGGGGUACGGACCGCAUGGUUUGGUGAUGGAGGAAUGGGUGGUGGUGGGGCUGGAGGGAGAGAGGAGGAAGCUGAUUGGGUGGCUGACGUGGCAGCUUGUGUGACUGUAAAGGAUGGGUCUAUACUGCAUCGAUGGGUGGAUGCUUCAGCAACAGUGCUGAAAGCGUUACAGGUUACAUGGAGCCUUAUCAGUGGUAACCACAUCAGAGAAUGUAACAAAAGUGGUGAUGGUAUGAGCAGCAACAGCAGGACUGGUGGUCGCAGGGGAGGUGGGAUUUGGGGGAGGUGGAAAUGGGCUGUGUUGCUGAGGGAUUUCUGUAGCUGCCUGAUUGCUGGGAUUAAGCUAAGUGUUGGUGUGAGCUUGUCUCAAGAACAGAAGGAGAGGCUUUUGGCAGCAGCACAGCAUGCAGUGUCGCUUGUCUCAGCUUCGGAUGCCGAACCUCCGCCAAAGCAGCCGCUCCCGAACCUGAGGGUUCCGUCUGUGGACGGGGGGAUGGUGGAUGGGGAGGAGGGAGAGGAGGAGGGUGGGAGAGAGGGGAUUGAAGAUUUGAUUUACCUGUUCAGUGAGGAUGAAGAGGAGAUGGGUAAGGAGCAGGGGGAAAGGAGGGGUGAGGAUGAGGAGAGCAGGGGGAGGAAAGGGGAGGAGAGAGUGGGUUGGGGUGGGGGUUGGAGUGUUGGAAGAGUGGAAAAGGGGACUGCCAGUAAGGGGAAGGGAGGAAUAGUUGAGACUAUAGAUCUAGACGAAAUUGAGGAGGUCGGUUCUGGGAUGGGUGCUGGUGGGAUGGAUGCUACUGGGGUGAAAGCAGUGAAGCAGGAAUUAAAGGGAGAGGAGGAGAAAGAGAGAGCGGGUGAUGCGAGUAUGGAGGAGCUAGCAGAGGAAGCGAUGGAGGAGGACGAGGAGGAGGACGAAGAGGAGGAGGAAGAAGGGGAGGAGGAGGAAGAGGAGGAGGAGAUGGGGGAGGAGGAUGAGGAGGAGGAUGAGGUGCCGAUAGGGCAGCUGAAGCGAGGCAGUGAAGGUGGGGCCGCAGAGGCUGAGACUCCAUCUGGGGAAGGUGCAUUUGCAAAGUCAGCCCCUUCCUUUCCCUUCUCCGCAGGCGCUGCAUCCUCCUCCUCUCAUGCUGCUUCUCCCUUUUCCUCUCUCCUUUCCUCGCAAGCAGCAAAGCAGCGGCGUCGAAACACUCUCGAAAAAUACCUGCGCACGCAGGUUGCAUCAGCCACUGGUGCUGGCGCUGCAGCUGGUGCUACAGCCGCUGCCGGCACUGCUGCUGCUGGCACUGCUGCUGCUGGCACUGCUGCUGCUGGCACUGCUGCUGCUGGCACUGCGGGUGCUGGCAUGGGAAAAUCGAGUGCAGGGUCAAGGCUUGGAGCAGGGGGGGUCAUUUUCAAGAAGCCGCGGAGCCUUCUAAGCAGAAAGCCAGGUGUAAUGAAAGGGGCAGGCAGAGGGGGCAAGCUGUCAGCGAUUCGGGAGUUGCACAAAGCAGAGGUGGAGCAGAGGAACAGUGCACUGGGGGACGUACAGCGGCAAAUCAGAGAGCGACAGCUGGCGGAGAGGCUGAAGCAGCAGCAGGGGCAGCAGCAGCAGGGCGGAGCAGGGGGGGCUGGUGCAGCCGUGGAUCCGUUUGCAUUCACUGUGGAACCAUCCUCUGGUUCAAGUUUAUCUGGUGCAGGUUUACCUGGUGCAGGCUUAUCUGGUGCAGGCUUAUCUGGCAAAGCGCCUGUCCCACCAGCUGCGGUGCGCUCAGCAGCAGCAGCAGCAGCAGCAACAGCAACAGCAGGGGCAGCGAAAGAAAAAACGGCAGUGCUUCUAGAGGUAUUCGCAGAUGAUGAUUUAGAUGCAGAGUUGGAGAGAGAAGCAGCAAAGGCAAGGAGGCCAGGAGGAAAGCUCUCCAUAGGCGGCCUGGAGGGCAUGAACCGCGUUGCAGACCAGAUAAAGCGCCACCAAACCAUCGCGCUAGGCUCGGACCGGACCGGCCCGGCAGGCUUGGCGGGUAGGCUCGGCAUCCAGGACUGGAUGGCUUGGAAAAAGCCGCCUCUGCCGAAGCUAGACGAUUGGUUUCGGAAGAUCCUGGCCAUGGAUUACUACGAGGUGGUGUCGGGUUCCGAGCCUGCAGGUUCGGCGAGCUGGGGGCUGGUUUGGGUGCCAGACGAGUUUGGUUCGGUGGCGGAGUACGUUCGGGUGUUCCAGCCACUAGUGCUGGAGGAAUUCAAGGCGCAGCUUCGGCGAUCGUACGAAGAUGCUGUAGGUUCGGGUGGGGGCGGAGGAGCGGGAGGAAUGGGAGGAGCGGGAGGAGCAGGAGGAGGGGGAGGAGCGGGAGGGGGAGCAGGGGAGAGGAGGGGAGGGGCAGAGGUUGCUUAUGUGGGAGCUCUAAGAAUGCUGUCAAUAGAGCGGGUGGAUGAUUUCCAGCUUGCGAGAUUCAUGGCUGAGCCGGGCGCUUCGUCAGGAUCCCGGGCAUUCUGUGGGGAGAAUGAUCUCGUGCUGCUCACCCGUAAAGUGCCCGACCAUGCUGCUGCUGCGGCAGCUGCUGCUGGGAGCGAUGCUGCUGUGGCAGCACAGCAGCUUCAUGUGCUGGCCAAGGUGAGACGCGAAUCAUUGCAUGUGAGAAUGCUGUCGAUAGAGCAGGUGGAUGAAUUCCAGCUAGCGAGGUUCAUGGCCGAGCCAGGAGCUUCGUCGGGGUCUCGGGCGUUCUGUGGGGAGAAUGAUCUCGUGCUGCUUACUCGUAAAGUGCCCGACCAUGCUGCUGCUGCCGCGGCAGCUGUGGCUGCUGGUGAUCCUGCUGCGGCAGCACAGCAGCUUCAUGUGCUGGCCAAGGUGGAGAGGAGAGAAUACGAGAGGGAGUCUCGAGCGAUGGUCAUCCAACUACGCCUCUUCCUGCCCCCCACCACCUCGCCGCGCCUGGCGCGCUGCAAGCAGCUGAUGGGGGACCGCAGCUGCUGGCACAUCACGCGCAUCCUCUCCCUCGUGCCGCACAUGCGCGAGUUCCAGGCCCUCGCUGCUGCCCAGUACCUGCCUCUGCUCCCGCCUCUGCUUAAGCCCAGCUGCUUCACUGCUGCCACUGCUGGUGCUGCUGCUAGUGCUGGUGCUGCUGCUGGUGCUGGUGCUGCUGCUAGUGCUGCUGCUGGUGCUGCUGCCAGCGCUGCUGGUGGUGCUUCCGCUGCUGCUGCUGGUGGCACUGAAUCCCAGGCUGCGACUGCAUCCCUGGAAGGAACGCCCUUGCCGCUCUCUCUCAGGCACAAGUACGAGGCGCAGUUCAACCGGCAUCAGCUGCAAGCAAUACGACAGGCCGUUGGAGGGAACAAGGAUGGAAUCGGAUCAACUUGCAGCGAUUCGGCCUUCAGCAGUGCUGCUGCUGGUCGUUCCGCUGCCGCUGCUGCUGCUGCUGCUUCUGCUGGUUCUGGUGCCGAUGGUGGUGGUGGUGGUGGGAGUUCAGAGGCGAAUCGGCAGCUGGUUUUAGUGCAGGGGCCGCCAGGCACAGGCAAGACCCGCACCAUCGUUGCCAUCAUCACAGCCUUACUAGCUUGCAAGAAAAGAGUAAACUCUGGGAAUCAGGAGCACUUGGGAGCAGGAGACGACAAGGGUGUGGGUUGGGAUCUGAAGGAGCCGAGGGUUAGAUGGGCUGGGAAGGGGCCGGGGUUGAGGGGUGGAGGAGGAGUGGGAGGGAGGUUGGGUGGGGAGGGGAAAAAGGUGAGCACUGCAACUGCUAUGGCGCGUAUGUGGCAAGAUGCUGCUGUUGCCAUGGAUUUGGCGAGAGGGGGGAUGAGAGGAGGAGUGAGGGGAGGAGUGAGAGGAGGAGGAGGGGUGAGUCGAGGAGGGGGAGGGGGAGGAAGUGGUGGAGGGGGAGGAGGAGGGGGAGGGAGAGGGGGGAAGACGCAGCGGGCGAGGGUGCUGGUGUGUGCGCAAUCCAACGCUGCAGUGGACGAAAUCAUAUCUCGGAUCUUCCGAGCCCAUGCAGAAACAGACAAGGAUGGGGAGGACGAGACGACGCGAUCUCAGCCGUCAGUUGUGCGUGUCGGGAACGUGUCAGCCGUCCAUCCCGACUCUCUGCAUAUUCACAUUGACACACUAGUGGCUAAGAGGCUAGUGAAAGAAGCAGCAGCGAGAGGUGUGAAUGUAGGCAGUGGUGAUAGUAACGAAGGGGGGAGAGAGGGUGGUGGAGUUCUGAGUGAGAAGGAUUGGAGGGACGUGUUUGGUGAUGGGGCGUUUGGUGGUGGCGCUCGUGGUGGUGUUGGCACUCGUACAAGCACAGGCAACGCUGCUGCUGGUGCGAGUGGUGGUUUAGGAACUGAGAGUGCUGUAAGGGAGAGAGUGGCGCAGUUAAGGCAGCAACUGGAGCGUGCCUUUGAGGUGAUCAGAGCAGUAGAGGCACUUAGAUGCAAGAAACGCGCAGGAGAGGAUGGGGAGGGUGGGGAUGAGGGAGGAGCGGAGGAGGCGGAUGGAGGGAAGGGUGGUGGUGCGAGGGAGAGGAGAAGGGAGGGUGGAAGGGGAGGAGGAGAGGAGGAGAAAACGGCUGAGGAGAUAGCAGAGGAGAUAAUAUCGCAUGGGGAGGAUACUAUAAAAGCGAGGCUUAAUCUGCUCUAUCGGAAGAAGAGGGAAAUUUCGGCUGACCUGGCAGCAGCGGAGAAGGAGCGGCGGGCAGCUGCGGAAGAGGAUAAAGCGCGCCGGGCAGCGGUGAAAAAAGAGAUUAUAAGAGAGGCAGAAGUUGUGGUGACUACAUUGAAUGCGUGUGGAGGGGACGUGUUUACUGCCUGUUGGGAAGGGGCAGGGGAGAAGGGAGGGAGAGGGGGAGGAGGAGCAGAGGGGAUGGGUGGUGCUGGUGGUGGUGGGAGGUUUGGAGGGAGCGGAGGGAUGGGAGGGGGGGUUCUGGGAGCGAGAGGGAGGGGAUGGGGAGGAGGUAUGGGGGGAGGAGUGAGAGGAGGAGCUUCAGGUGGUUUUUCAGGUGGAGGGUCAGGUGGGGUGCUGCCAUCGUGGAUGGAGGGGUUGUUUGAUGCAGUGGUGAUCGAUGAGGCUGCUCAGGCAUUGGAGCCAGCCACACUCAUUCCCCUCCAGCUGCUCAGUCGAAUCAGCAGCCGAUGCAUCAUGGUGGGCGACCCCAAGCAGCUGCCAGCAACAGUCCUCUCUCGUACCGCAUCCAACCUUCGCUACGAGCGCUCGCUCUUCGAGCGCCUACAGACGUCUGGUUACCCUGUUACCAUGCUGUCCACACAGUACCGCAUGAACCCCCACAUCUCCCGCUUCCCCUCCUCCUUCUUCUACCAGUCCCUUCUCUCUGACGCCCCCUUGUUUGACGUGGAGGAUGGGAUGGAGAGGACGAGAGGGCUGGCAGGAGCACCUUCUCUCUGCAACGAGGCGGAAGCGACGGCUGCCCUGGAGCUGUACCGACUGCUGCAGCAACGGUAUGUGUGUGUCCAGGUUGCUGUUGUUGUCGCACUGCUCCCAUAUGCUGUAUUUGAUGUGGAGGAUGGGGUGGAGAGGACGAGGGGGCCGGCAGGUGCCCCUUCUCUCUGCAACGAGGCUGAAGCGACAGCAGCCCUUGCAGCCCUAUCGCCUGCUGCAGUAACGGUAAGCACGUGUUCAGGUUGUUGUUGUUGUCGCACUGCUGCCGUGCCGUGGUUUCCAGAGGAGUGCGCACCAGGCAGGGUGGGCGUGAUCACACCGUACAAGCAGCAGCUCUUCCUUCUAAGGGACACGUUUACCCGAGCACUGGGGCGUGGGGCUGCAGCAGACGUGGAAUUCAAUACAGUCGACGGGUUCCAGGGCAGGGAGGUCGAUAUCCUCCUCUUCUCCACCGUCCGCGCCUCUCCUUCUGCCCUCUCCGCCUCUUUCCAUUCCUCCUCUUUCCAUCCCCCCUUUUCCUCCCAUCCUUCCUCCUCCCACCGCUCCACCCACCAUUCAUCGUCCCACCAUUCCUCCACCCACCCGUCCUCUUCUCUGCUUGGAAAACCGGCCGGCAAUGAUCGGCCGUCGAGGGAAGAGAGGAGAACCGUCGGAUUCGUGGCAGAUGAACGGCGGAUGAAUGUGGCGUUGACUCGGGCGAGAAAGGCGCUGUGGAUAGUGGGAAAUGCGGCCACUUUGGCUCAAAGCAAGCCCUGGUGUGCUCUGCUGUGUGAUGCUAGGGACAGAGGGGUGGUUUUUAGGGUGAGAAGGCCUUAUAGGGAAGGGUUGGUGAGGGGAGAGAGGGCUGAUUCGAGGUUUCUGCCUGAGCGGGAGAGAGGUGGUGGAGAGGAGGGAGUGAGGGGACGUGGAGAGGAAGGGGAGAGGAGACAAGGAGGGGAGGGGAAAAGUGGGGGAGAUGAAAGGGAAGAGAGGAGUGGGAGAGGUGAAAGGGAGGAGAGAGUGAGGCUGGAGAGAGUUAGAGAGGAGAGAGUGAGGGGGGAGAAAGCAAGAGAGGAGAGAGUGAGUGAGGAGAAAGCAAGAGAGGAGAGAGUGAAGGAGGAGAAAGCAAGAGAAGAGAGAGUGAGGGAGGAGAAAGCAAGAGAGGAGAGAAGGAAGGAGGAGAGAGGGAGGGAGGAGAAAGUGAGGGAUGAAAGAGCAAGAGAGGAGAGGCCGAAGGAGGCAAGGGCGCCAAUGCAAGCACCAGGGGAUGCAGCAGCAACAGGGGCAGAAGCAACAGAGGUGAAAGUAGCAGCAGAGGCGAAAGCAGCAGCAGAGGCGAAAGCAGCAGCAGAGGCGAAAACAGCAGCACAGGCGAAAGCAGCAGCAGAGGCGAAAGCAGCAGCAGAGGCGAAAGCAGCAGCAGAGACGAAAGCAGCAGCCGAGGCGAAAGCUAGGGUAGAGGCACAAGCGAGUUUGCCAGUACAAACAGCAGAAAAGGCACACAUGCAUGAGGCAGCAGGCUCGAAGCAAAAGGAUGAAAACAGAGAGGAGGCGUCAGAGCCUUGUGAGAAAAAGGUGCCUGAAGCAGUAUCAGGGCUGAGGGCGAGGGAGGAUGGAGCAGUACUAAGGAAAGGAGAAGAAGAGAUGAGAGAGCCUGAGGGGAGGGAGCAUGGAGCGAGGCCAACUGAGGGGAUUCAGAAUGUGGAGGAACUGGGGAAAAGGGAGAGGGAGAUAGGGGAUGGGGAUGGGGCAGUGAUAAGGGAAGCAGCGGGAGGUGGGGAAAGAAAUAGGAUGAGGGACAGGGAAAGAGAAUUAGACAAGGAGAGGGGAAGGAGUAUGGACAGGGGAAGGAGCCGGGACAGGGACCAGGAAAGAGAGAAGGACAGAGACAGGGACAGGGGCAGGGAUAAGGACAGGAAAUGCAGAGGGAAAGGGACAGAGAAAGGGAAAGAGUUCAAGCUAGGGAAGGGAGCAGGGAGAGGGAGCCUGGCAGGGUACCAGAGCAAAGGGAGCAAAGAGUGA